UCAAUCAUCUGACCACGGCGUAGUGUAUCCAGGAAGUGAUGUAAUCGGGCGCGAAAUUGAAAAUAUGGCUAGUUCCUUCAAAUAAAGCAAAAACUACGAUUAUAGAAAGCUCGUUUAAUUGGAUGAUUGUGAUCAUCCCUGUAAAAGUGUAUGAGUAAAAACACCACAGUCAACAAGUGUAUGCUUGCUAGUAACUAUGAAUAACUAGUUGAUAGCUUGUAUAGCCAGCUAGCUCGGUGUGUUUUUUUUUUCCGACGUCGAUAACAAUGGCGGACAGGCAUCUUGUGCGGGAUUUGAAACGUUGGGCGACGGAAGAGUUCAAUCUACCCCCGGAGAGCCUGCCGCCUGACAGCUACUUGAAAACUAUGUGUGUUGGGAAAGGAACGUCUAUUUGGAAAUAUGUCAUCCAUCACGUUUUCCAACAAAGAACUGUGAAGCUCAAGCGUGGCAAUCUUCAGUGGUACAAAGUGCUUCAAGACAAAGAGGUGAAACAGCGUGAGGCCCAGAGCGUGACUGCACAGCAGAGUGAGCUUCAGAGGAAGAUAGAGCAGCUCAAGAGUGAGAUCGGCCACCUGGACUCAGAGAUCAGAGCAACUGAGGAACAGCUAGCCACUCAAGAGGAAUCUAUCAGUUCUACCUGGGCUCAGGUGGAGGACAGUCAGAACAGGAUUUUGCUUCUCCAGGUCUUCAAGCAGCGCUGUGUGUCAGGUCGCAAGAAGCUGUUGAGCGACACUCGGGAGAUUAAUGGCUACUGCCAGGCGCUGGAGCAAAUGGCAAGUAAAGCGGAGAUUGAGUUGGUGUUAGAAAAUCCGCUUUCCAGCAACUGUGACGUUGAUACACUUCUCUUCGACUCUCCAGUGGAGGCACAAGUCUUGCGUCAAGUGAGACUGCUGUGUAAAGACAGGGUCCAUUUUUAUCAGUCUUUACAAGAGAGUGAAUCGAAAACCGGACGCUGUGGACGUAUGACUAGUGGGCAGAGGACUGCUGCGUUUCAGUACUGGUUAAGGGCUGUGGAGAACCUGGUGGAUACUCACCCUCCAAACCACAUCCUCUCUGCAUUGGAACAUUUGGCUUCCAAGGAGCAGAAGGCCUUGGAUGUAAAUGUAUCCUCUCAGACUUUUCCUCGUGAUGUGAAAGGUCGUAGGUUCCGUCGUGAGAACAAUCAACUCGUCCACAUACCAAACGAAGAGGAUGAUGACUUGCCAUCCAUUAAUACCCUCUUACAGGCUAAAUGGCGAGAAGUGGAGAAGAGUUUUGUUGAAUUGUCCCAGACGCGCUCCAGAGUCCAGAAACUCCAGAAUCAGCUGCUGGCUUGCAGGAAGCAGGCUGAACAGAAAGUGUAUGGCUUUGUUGACCAUCACAAUGACACAUUGGUAGAGUCAGUUUUGGAACUGGAGCUUCAGUGUGUGAUGAAGGCUGCAGCCAGAGACUAUAUUCAAGAAUGGUGUAUCCAGCAUGACCAGCAUGCCAGAAGCCAGCAGGAGGCGCUCCGGAACCUUUCCAGACAAUGGCAGAAUGUUGUGGACUUCAGACAACUUUUGCUCCUCAGGCAGGAACAGAUUAGAAGUCUGGUUAAGGGAAAUUCAUCAGCUAAAACUCAAUUGAUCCACAUGCACAAAGAGCUACAGGACUUUCUGAAGGACAAAGUAGUGCCACAGUGCAAAGAUGUCAGCACCGCUGCCAUUAGUGUAAGAAACUCCAUCUCCAAGGAUGUUAAACAGAUGGCCACCAUUUCGCUUCGAGCUCUGGACCGGAGAACUGUUGAUGGAAUCCAGAGAAUUCCUGCUUCAUGGCUGUCCAUCCAUCGCUUGUAUUUGUCAACCUUCAGCAGCCUGUGUCAAGACUUGGGGUUUCCACGCUAUAGGGCUCCAGAGGAGUUGUGUGCCCAGGCGUACUGCGACCACAUCGAGUGGCGUUUUCUGGUUCAGUUACUAAAACUUACCUCGACCACUCUUCAGAAAUCCAAGGAGUGGGUGGCACAGCUGCCUGAAUCUGAUCACAAGGCUUUGCUGUCCAAAGUCAAAGAAGAAGAUGAGAAAUUGUUGAAGUCUCUGGUUCCAAGGGCCAGAAGUCUUACCCAGAAAUGUGCAGAAAGCCUUUCUUAUUUAGAGAAAGUCCAAACGGCCAUCUCUGACUGGUGGGAUCAGCCAGCACAACAUGUCCUACCUGAUAUCUGCAAAGGAGGACUGACUUUUCAGCAGUGGCUAGAGAAGUGGAAACUAGCUGCCAAAUCCUAAAUGAUAGGAGUAACUUACUAAAGUAGCAAAACUGUCCAGAUGAAUAUGGAUGAAGAAAAUGCACGAGGUAUUGGUAAUUGUCACAUCAGAUUUUUUUUUUCAUU